AUGCCCCGCCGGGCGCUUGACAAGAUGACACCGCUUCGGAAAAAGCAAACCUUAAGGAAGCGAGCUUCGAUUAGACACGAAUCGACCCCGGAAGAAGACUUUGAAGAAGAAUUCGGAGCAUACAUAAGGAGAGUGGACUUACAACAGAACUCUCAACUAGCAUCCUUCCGAUUGGAACGAGGUGAUGUCAUUCUCAGACUUUCACACAGAGCCGAUGAUACCUUACUGGUACAUUCGGAAGUCCUCAGACAAUUUCCUUAUUUCAAUGCCACGCUAAGCGGGCGCUGGGGAGAGCCCAUGGCACAGUUGACAUUACCAACCGAAGCUUCCACAAUGAACGUCUGGCAAUACAGUCUUAUAAUCACCAAGGAAAGGCCUAUCGUCUUUUUUCUUCAAUGCCACACAGAAUCGCCGGUUGAGAUUGAAGUUCAUAGGCAUCCACGGCUUCGAUAUGACGAUGAUCUGUACCCUGUCGACUUCCUUUUCUACAUGUCAGAGUAUGCCAUCGGCUACUUCGAACGUGAACAUCCAAACGGUCAGAAACAACAUCUGGGUUCUCUUCAAAUACAAGCUAUAAAUGCUCAUAAGAUGCUACUACGCCUACUCUAUGGCCUUUACGUUGAUAUGGACUCUGUUUAUACUCCCGGAAUUGCAAUCGAAAUUUUUGCAGAUGUAGUAGCAUACUCCGAAUUCUAUGGAAUGCUUGACGUCGUGGCACCGGCGAUUACUGAAGUCCUUCUUAACACCCACGGUCUGUGGAAGGACGUGGCAGAAGAGCCCCUCUUCCACCUUACACUAGCAGCGAAGUUACACUGCGAGUGUCUCUACGACGAUGCUCUUAAACACUUGAUUUCUAUUGAUAAGAUGUGGCCUCUUGAGCCAAACAACGCACUCAGUCAUCAUUUUGGCUCUUUCUCCGGCCAUCUCAAUUAUGAUGUCUUCGACUUCAAACGGAUGGAGAAGUAUUUCCUCAAGAAGAAACUCGACCUCCAGAAUAACAUGCGGAGAUACAUAGAUGACCUACGCAGUAUCGGAAGCACCAUAAAACCUCCUUUCCCCGCAUACGAUAAUUGGAACACCGAGAUUACAAAGAGCUUGAGAAAGAGAGAUGGCAAAUGCCGAUGGGUCGCUCGUUCGAUAUACAACGAGUGGUUUGUCAGAAACUUCUCUUAUUGGGGUGGAGACGAUGAGCGGUUCAACGAGCAUUUCAAAGCUGCCUGCGAGCAAAUCAUCAAGUAUGGAUCUCAAGUACCGCCGGAUAUCACUAUAUUUGGAAAUCGCGAAUAUCUCAUGCUACUCGGCCAGCACGACUGUCCUAUCAACCAUCGCCGGGAUCCGUUCCUCUGCCUGAAGCAGGAACUUACCAGACUACUACUUCAGGCUGCGGAGGUAGUAGAAAGCACCAUACCAUACCGGAACUACUUUCAGCACUCGGCGCAUUACGAAACCAAGUAUUUUACUGGCUUCUCUCAUUGGGACAAGGACCAUUACUACCCCUGGAAGAGACCUUUCACAGGCCUUGAAACAGACGAAGACCAGCAGUACUCUUACGAAUGGGAUAUGGCCGAGACGCAAAAGGAAAAUUCCAAAUUCCGCUCGGUUUUGGAUACAGUUCAGAUCAAGUCAGCAAGCCUGGAGUGGACAAGAUUUGUCUCUGUGCCAGAAGUUGCGGGAAACGAACUAAUUCUCUCGGCGCAUAACUCUCUCGGACUGGUGACUCUGGAACUUGAUCAUGGUGAUGGAUUACUGCCAUGA